UUUGUCACGGGAUAAAAAUAUUUUGUUUUAAAAAGUUCAGUUCGAUCCAAUUUUUAGCCUUCACUGGCUUAACUUGGAACUAAGUUUUUGACAGAAGGAUCAAAAUUUUAUGAAUUAAUCUUAUAAAAUGUUACAUACAAGAGUAUGAUCAAUCAUCUUGGUGAAUGUCUCAGAGAAAAUAAUUGUGAAUAAACAAUAUGAAAAUGUCUGUUCUGAAUAAAGACUGGGACAUAAUAAAGGGGUUAGCAACAUUGCUGAGAGAUAAUGGAGACAAAAUUUUGCAUGGAGAGAGCAAGCUUUCACUGACCACUGUUUCUGUGAUUAUACUCAACAAGAGUUUCACAAAGAUCUGCGAUAUUGAUCAACACACAUCAUUUGAAGUGUUGCCCCAACACAACACUAAUGUGCCCCUCUACCAUGAUCUGCAGUUCCUCUAUGACUUCAUGCAGAAAACGCCAUCAUUGAAGUUGAUCCAUGGUGCUUAUACUAUCCAAGGUAAGGUAGAUGUUACCCCAUUCAGGUCUCUACAUGCACUGGAGAUCAAGAAGUCACCCAUUCACCUGAUAGUUGGUCUUCAGAAACUGAGACAAACAUUGAAAGAGGUUGCAUGCUCAAGAUGUCUUCACAACCUACAGGAACUGUUUGAGAGUUGUGCGGGUGAUAUGAGUUCUCCUAUGACAUGGCCAGAGUUGAUGUCUGCCAGGCUAAGCUAUAACAGUAUCCACUCUCUUGAUGGAUCCCUACGUCUCCUGCCCUCUCUGAGAAUGCUAGACCUCAGUCACAAUAACAUAAUAACUGUGGAAUCAUACCUCCAGUAUUUAACAGAGCUUGAGCACAUUAACCUUGCCUUCAACAGCCUUGAGGUGAUGCCAACAUUAGCAUUCAGUGCUAGGGCCAAGAUGAAGUCAGUAGUGCUACGAAAUAACAACCUCGACAACUUGGAUGGCCUGGAUGAGUUGAUCAACCUUACAGACUUAGAUGUUGGGGAUAACUGUAUAUCAGACUUCACCAAUCUCUCUACUCUCGCUGGACUCUUCCAUUUGCAACGUCUUUAUCUUGAGGGGAAUCCAUUGUCUUACCACAACCAGUACAGAGUAUUCACUUUGCACGCACUAGCUCCAUGUGUACAACAACAGGUUCACCUAGAUGGCAAGAUUGCUCAGACUAAUGAAAUAACAGUCCUCUCUAAAAUGCCACCUAUACCUGGUCAACGGAGACCUCCUAGAAUGUCUUCUUCAUCCAACAUGGCUGCCUCCAAUGGGCAUCAAUAUGAGGGGCUCUCUAGGGGAUUUGAGGACAGCCUUGACUCCACAACUGCAAAGUCAGAUGAUGCAGAAUCCCAGCUUGCAACAGGGAUAAAGCCUAAGGGUAAACGUAGCAAGAAAUUAAGAUCUGGUCGCAGAGGUUCACUCAAACCCAGGAAGGCUCCUAUCUCUGAUGCUGACACUGGUAUUGAAACAUCUUCCCCUGGCAGUUCUUUGGCCACAUCACCUGUAUCCUCUUCGAGCAUGGAGCACAAGAAGAUCAGAGAAGAGGUAGAGACAAUAAGGAUGCAGCUUGGACCCAACUGGCUACAGCAGAUCACUGCAAAGACUGAAAUCACAGCACAGAGAGAGAUCACCUCUCAGCAAGACACAGUUAACACUGAACAGUCAGCAACAUUUAGAAUAGGGACAUACCCUGAAACUGAAGAUGAUAUUUAUUUGAAUGAGAACCCUACAGGACAAAAUCUGGGCCGCUUAGCCACCCAAUCUGAAGCUCAUGAUCCUGUGUCCAAUGAUAGGGUAGAUGGUGAAGCUGAAGCUAUAGGUAGUAAAGAUGUGCUUGAGACAGUUGAGGACAACAAUGUUGUAUGGGGUAGAGGAACAAGUGUCCAGCCUGAAGAAUUUGGUCCUGAGAGUGAACCCUUCAUUGUUAGCCUACAAGAGGAUCCCUCCACACACAUGAUGCUCACCCUGGGGGUGCGCUACUUAUGGGAGAAGAACCUAGAUGGUGAUGUCAUAGAACAAUUAGACCUGAAAUCACUACUAGAGACCAAUGAGUCCCAUUUUGAACCUGAUAACAGGCCAAUUAUCACCAUGAACUUUGAUUAUGUCAAGAAAGAUCGCAAAGUGAGGAAAUACAUCAUGGAAGAUGAUUCUGCAUUGAAGUUGUUUACAGACAUGUUACAGCCAUUCUUGCAGGCAAGAGAGGCAAGCAACCAACUAAAGGACAUGUUACAGUGUCUAAAAUGUUCCACUGAGUUCCAUGCCUCUGGGGCAUCUAGGAGGGUCAAGAGGGCUUCUGAAACAGUUCCCACUGAUCUGGAUAAGUAUGAGCGACGCAAAUUACUGCAAAGUUGUCUCAAUGAGAUUCUUGUAUGCCCAUCAUGUGGCAGUGAGCAUAUUGUGGAACUUGAUCCUAUACACCUGGCCAAAGCCCAACAUUCUGCUACAAAUACUCCUGUGGGGUCUUUAACACAAGGAGACCCCUUAGCAACAUCAUCAAAAACUAACUCACCUUGGAAACCAAAGAAAACGGAUACGGCUGAUACUGAGAGUGUUGAUGCAUUGUCCUACCAAUCGUGUAAUAGCAAUACAAACACUCCAAACACCAGCCCUGUGAAGUCCUCACGCUCACAUUCUGUGGAUAUAACCAGUUCAAGAACUUUAAUCCAGUCAAGUGCCAGGAGUCUGUUUGAUACUGAUGUGUAUCAUACACCCAGAGAAGACUCUCUUAAUGAUAAAGCUCAAUUAAAACAACCUAGAAGUGCCAUAAACAACAACAUUACAGAGGAUGACCACAUUGAUGUGCUUUGUAAUCCUGAAUCGAGUGAUAUUAAUAUUGAAAACCGUAAUCAAGGGUCUAAAGUGCAAUUUAAGAAUAGUGACACUUUAAGUGAUCACACAGACUCGGGUCAAAGGUCACAGAAUCACCGGCGCAGGUUAGAUUCUGGUGGCAGUGACAUCACUGUUAUAAGCAAUCCAAGUCAGAGUAGUAUUGCUGUAAUUAACUCUAGUCAUGAGCUCCCUGUUGAACAGAGGUUGAACAAUCCAAUGUCAUCCAGUAAGUCUGUAACUGAUGAACUCAAUGUUUCAGCUGGAACUGUCAUGGUGCCACAAAUUGGAAAAUGUGUCAGUUCUGACCAUCUCACCUCUGUAAGCCCCAGUGGAUCACUCAGCAGUACUACUUGUACCAGUAUGGUGGCCAGUAUGUAUGAGAAUACAAGCAUGAUAGCAAGCAGCAAUGACAACACUAAUGACACACAGGAUAGCAGUCAAUCUAAAGAACAAGAGCCAACUGAAGAAAAUCAAAAGCAUAAACCAUUAGACACUCUAAGUGAUACUAGUUUUAAAAGUAUAGAAAGUAGUGUAGAAGGUGUGGAUAUUGAUGUUGUACAGUUAUCUGAUGAUGCUACAGAGGUGCUAUCAGGACUUCCAGGUGAAGGAGAGGGUGAUCUUGAUAUUGAUCCCAGGCCUGAAAGUGACCAGGGGGUUGGUACUGUUGAGCUAGUCAAACAAGCCAGUGGAGACUUCAGUCAGGUGGACCACAGACUGAAGCUCUAUCUUAUGAUGUCACUUUUCAAUGAUGAAGAGGACUGUGAACUUGUAUUGAAGACCAGUUUUGUUGCAUUCAGCAAUGGCCAAGAGAAAAAAGGUCUCGUAGUUGUCUCCUCUGAGAAUAUCUAUUUCCUCCAUAUUGCAAGGCCAGAAUGUGAGGAGCAACCUGAGAAGUGGCUAAAGUGUCUUGAGAAGCAACCACUAACUGAGGUCCACUAUGUAGAUGUAGGCCUCCAACAUCAAAGUUUACGUCUUGAGUUUGGUUCAGAGGCAGAGAGUUACAAACUCUUACUGCGGGAUGAGGCAAAAUGUAGGAAGUUUCUACGGCAACUAACAGGUAUCAUCCAGGGUAUAGCAUUCCACAGUGAGAGUAAACUAGAAGGUAUUGGGAAAAGUAACCUUGACACCUUACAUCAUAUCCUAGAAGAAGUUCUGCAUGCUGGUCAUGGUGGAACUGAUGAAGUCACAGAAGACACUUCUAAGAUCAAACUUUUUGUUUUGGCGUUUCUUAAAACAGGCGAACUAGACUCAAAAGGAAGUGCUAUUACAUUGUUUGAUUUUUAUGUCACCACCACAAGUGGUGACAUGUUGUUAUGGUCUCCAACUUUUUUGUGGAUGGUGUUUGGUGGUAAUGAGCAACUGAGUAGUGUCAGUAUUGUGGUGACGUCGCAAGAUAUAAUUCUCACACAGGAGGAUCAUCAUUGGCCCUUGCCUCGACACAGGAAGCAGGUGCUGCCCCCUGGAGCACAUUUCAAAGUCCUGGAUAAUCAGAAAAUCAAUGAAGUCUCUAACAUUGAUAUUUAUGAAGAUGACACCACCCAGCUGUCAAUAGUGUUUUUCAAUGAGGAAAAUGAUGAGGAAUGUUCUUGGCAUAUUGUCAUGGAGACAGCAUCAUCCUUAGAUACACUGCUGACAUCUAUCUGUAAGCCUUGGGAGGCAGAGUUUGGUGUUGAGCUUCAAGUGAAUAAACAAGAAAGUGUGCAGGGGCAGGAGCUAUAAAUUGGCAGUUGUAUGUUCAUCCAAGGAUUGCUUUCCUAUCCCAAAAAGAGACUCUACUAUUUUUUUAUGUUUCACAUUUUUACACUCAUGGAGCAGUUUAAGAUGGUCCUGUAUGGUAAAGAUAGAACCCUCACUUUGACAAUGAAGCGACUUUAGUGAAUUCCAGUUUGUGAAUGACCCUCAUUGAAAUAGUGACCUUUAAUGGAAAGAGUGGAUUAGAAUGAAAAAUGGCUAUUUGGUAUCACUAUCACUAAAACUGUAAAACAUGGAAAUAUUUCUGGAAUAUUUUGUUUUAACUUUACUUAAUUUUUCAAGUAUACAGUAGUUUGCAUUUUAUUCAUGAGGCCAUAAAACGUGUUUCCUACCAUUUUGUUUAAUUUUACCAUAUGCACAAUAUUCUUUGAUAUUAUAUUGAUAUACUACAACUGAUACAGGCUUUUUGAGUAUAAGACAGCUCUAUCUCAGUUUUUUGAAUUGCUCACAAUGUUUUUAUUUAAUGUUAUGGACAUUGUACAUCUGUAUAUGUAUGCAUGUAACCAUGAAGUUCAUGUGUUGAUUUAUAUUCAAAACCAACAUUUGGAAGAUAAAUUGUAUCCAAAUUCAACCCUAAUGAUGAUUAAUCCACUUGUAUACGUAUAUUGAAUUUAAUGCAACCAUUUUGUUAUGUGGUCUAUUC